UUUUUUUCAGUUUUAAUUGAUUAAUUUUUAUGAUUCUGUAUCAAUGGAAAGCAGAUUCAUGAUGAAAUUCUUCUUAUCAACUCUUGUUGCAUUGGCCCUUAUGGGAUCCGUUAUUGGCCAACAAGUUGUUACUACCGCAGUUUUAGCGUGCAAAGCCACUUCAUGCAAGAAUGGCGGUGUCUGUCAACGCUUGGAAAACGGCUAUGAAUAUUGUGACUGCGUGGGUAACUACACAGGUUAUGAUUGCGCUCUUCGAAAAGGAGAAUGCUCGGGUACUUCGUGCAGUGGCAGGGGACUGUGCCAACCAUAUGGCGAAGUUUAUGUUUGUUUGUGCUUCCCUGGUUUUGGCGGAUACGACUGCGAGAUGACCGGAGAUACCAGAACCUGUGCUGUGCCGCACGGCGAUGAUGACGCCGUACUAUUCCCGGCAUGUUCAUUGAAGAUGACGUUAUCAAAAGCAUCGGAAUGCAUUAAUGAGAACUUGCCUUUCAUCGACCGAAAUGGAAAUAAAGUUGAAUGUCUAUCCAAGAUGGUGAAAACCGUCCGUUGUAUUACAGACGUUGUCUCUCAUUGUUCCACGUUGGCAUGUGAAGGAACAAUUUGGGAAAUCGAUCUCUUCGCUCAUUUUUAUAAUAAUGCAGUCGUUAACACAAUUUACAAUAUGAGUUCACCAUUUAUGAAAAAUCUUUUUGAACAUGUCGUUUGUCCUGACCUCACCGCUGACGGGGAUGUUCUUAAUCCGAAUGUGACCUUUGAUAUUGGAGAUCCAGUUUGUCAAAAAAACCUUAUGGAUAAUUUGUUCACAAUAAUGCGUCAAACUUCAAUGAAAUUACAUGUUGCUGUAGAUUAUGAACAGUGCAGAGUCUUAGACUGGACAAGGUAUGCUAUCUUUAACGAAACUCAAAAAAGUUGCAAUUGGUCUAAUAUUGUGGAAGUAUUACCCAAAAACGACACAAUACAUGCUCCAAGAUUUGCUGAUCUUCUGAAUAAAACGCAACAUUUUCUCUUGGAAUGGGUUGUUCCAGAUUGUCGGGAUACUCAACAAUGCCUUAUUGAAUGUCACAAUAACGGCACGUGCAUGUCGAUGGGGGACGGUUUAGAAUAUUGUAUUUGUAAAGAUGGCUUUGGCGGACACGAUUGCUCUCUUAAAAAAGGAAACUGUUCAUCAACUGAUUGCAGUGGAAACGGAUUAUGCAAUCAAGAAGGCGACUUAUAUACAUGUACGUGCUAUCCUAUGUAUGAUGGGUACGAUUGCGAACGUUACGACGAAUCCAGACGCUGUGCUGAACCAUCGGACAACGACGAUGCAAAACUCUUCCCCGCUUGUUCUUUGAAGACAUUCUUAGACCACGCAUCAGAAUGCAUCAAUGAACAGCUACCAUACAUCGAUCAGCAUGGCCUCCGUAAUGUUUGCAAGACUAAAAUGAUAAAAACUAUUCAUUGCAUGACGAAUGUACUUACACGAUGUUCGACAUUGGCUUGCGCUGGUUCAAUCUGGGAUUUACAGAUAUUCCAGGAUUUUUACAGGAAUACAAUUGUUCCGGAAGUGUUGAGUAUGAGUUCUCCAUUCAUGGUAGACCUAUAUGAACACGUCGUUUGUCCAAAACUCGGCCCCGACGGAAGUUUUCUUUCAUCAAAUAUUACCUUCAAUAUUGGAGGCCCAGUGUGUCAAAAAACCCUCAUUGAUAAUUUCUUGAAAAUUCUUCGUCAAACCGGCAUGAAAUUGUUUGUUCCAAAUAUGGGUCAUGCUGAAACAUGCAAAGUUUUCGACUGGACGCGAGUAGCCAUUUUUAACGAAACUCAAAAAAGUUGCAAUUGGUCUAACAUCGUUGAAGUUUUGUCCAAAAAUGACACAGGACUUGCUCCAAGAUUUGCCGAUCUACUGAACAAAACGCAGCACUAUUUCUUGAAAUGGGUAAUUCCAAAAUGCCGAGACCCAUGUUUGCAAAACAACCCAUGCAAAAACCAAGCAAUCUGUGAUGGAUCAAGCGGAUGGGUGUUUUGUGUGUGCCAGGAGAACUGGGUUGGAGAACAUUGCGAUCAGUAUGACAUGACUGCCAAGUGCCCAGUUCCAAAAGAAGACGACUAUUACUUCCUCCCUAAAUGCACAAUUAAGACCACAGCUCAAAAAUUAACUCGAUGUUUUGAUGGAAUGGACACAUAUAUCAUGCAGCAUCUCACAGGACAAGUUGACAUGCGGGAAUGCACCGAUGGUGUAACAAAAACCAUGCAUUGUAUUGGAGAAACUCUUACCGAUUGCUCUAGAAUGGCAUGUACAAGCAUUUAUAGUCUUCCUCAUGUUCCCGAAAUAAUGACGGGUCUUAUCGGAGCCAUGUACAAUCAGUCGAUGGCUUACGUCAUCUCUCACGCCAUAUGUAGCCCGCGACCAGCUGGUGGAUGGUACCAGAUGCUUAAACAAUACAACUUGACCUUGUCCAUGCCACUCAACAUUGGCGCUCCUGUGUGUGCCAACACGUUCAUCGAUGAUUUGCUAAAUGCUUUGAAAGAUCUGGACAUGGAUCUGGGUUCAGUUCAUGACUUGGGCGGGGUGUGCAGAGUUAUGGUUUCAGCUAAAUCAAAAGUAGUUGCAGCUAUCUCUACUUGCAACUUAGAAAUGAUAAAAUAUAUUCCGAACUUACCGGGCGACAUAGCAGGUCAUCUCAUUGGAGCGGCCAAAGCAGUUCGUUCUCUAAUUAUGAAUCUAGAACUUCCAUUCUGUUCAGGCCACGGCGGUAAUGAUGAAUGUCCAGAAAUUACUGCAUACAGUUCUGGAUGCCAAAUGCGAGAAGCUUACAUGUGUCAAUUAAUCAGUUACCGCAAGAGUCUCAUAGAAUGGCAAAUGAGAUUUAUGGACUGGUGGCAAAGUUGCUCCAAUUUCGCCGAACGUGACUGGGAUGACUGGGCUUAUACAAUGAAAUUAAAGCGUGGUGAUGGAUACAUGGGUGACGAUCAAGGGUAUCGAAGUCAGAACAAUAACUACCAAGAUCCAGGUUACGGCCAAAUGCCAAGCGGAAAAGGCAAGAAAGGAUUUAUGAAGAUGCUGGCAGCCAAUUUUCCGUGUGCCGAAAAUCUCAACGUCAGAUGCAGAAAUGGAAAUCCAAAAGAACUUAUUACUCCAAUAGGAUGCAAGGUUUUAUAUUGCGCUACAGGAGGAUACGAAAGUACUGGCAACGUAGCUGCAGGUUGGUCAAUGUUGCACAUGCGUCAUAGAAAACUCAUGGUUAUCUUCAACGCUUUGUCUAAAGAUUGUUCAGGGUCCAUGUCAUCAUGUGAGUUUGACGGCGGUUCCGGUCCUACUGCAUCAUCUACCACUAAUAUGCCCUACACGACACAAUGGCCAACAGCCACUGUAUGGUCCACGGGUUCUCAGUGGCCAACCGGUACACAGGACCCAUCUUCACAAUAUCCAACCUAUACAAUGACAACCGAUCAUAUGGGUUCAUCCGACCCAAUGGUUUCUACAUCUGCCAAUCCGUCUAUGACUUCAUCAGGUCCAACUGCUUCUGCAUCUGCCACUCCGCCUUCGGCUUCAUCCAAUGCAACUGCUCCUGCCAAUCCGCCUAUGACCUCGUCCGAUUCACCUCCACUGACUGGGGGCCCAUAAGUAACUUAUCACUCUCUUCCGAGGUAAUUUCUGAAAAAAAAAUGCGUCAAAUUACCUGUUUUCAGUAGCUACAAAAGCAAUUAUUAUAACAUAUAAAAAAAAAUAAGAGGAUAAAAUAUAACAAACGACAUAGAGCCAAAAAUAAGAAAAAAUAUAAGUUUAAUAGCUAUUGUUGAUAUCAUUGCAUCCAAACUUGUCUAUAAUGUUUAACUGAGAUACUAUGUUGGAAUACUCAACAGCUGAAAUAUAACAUCCUAUUAAUAAAUAUGACCCAAUCAUCAGUUUUACGAAUAUAUCUCAAGUGUAUAUAUAUUUCACUCGGUAUAUUGUUUCCAAAUCAAAUUGAUUCAUUUUAUUUCCUCUUGCUUUUUUAACGAACAUUAUCAUAACAAACAUAUCAUUCUACAAUGCCCAAGACUAAUCAACCUCUACCUAUCCUAUUCCUUGACAGUACCGUCUGCUCAAUUUUUGUAUAUAACACCAAUUUUGCAAUGUAGAAAUUCUCCUGUACAAAUUCAAACAUGUCAAUGAUUGCACGCACCAUUCAAUUUACAUUCAUCAUGGACAUUUCUCGAAAUGACUUAUUCUGAAAGAAAAUCUUAAACUUAAUUCAAACAAGAUGAGCCUUUGUCGUAGAGCGCAAGCCAUGAAUGCGACGAUGUUAUAACUAGUUCAAUAUAUUCCUAUGCAUGCCUGGUAAACUUCAAUUUUGAUAUAGAGUUGAGUGAAAUAUAAUUAUGGAAAUGUUUUGGAUUCUAGAUACAAGUUAUUUUAUACUGGAUACAUCUGAGUAUUUUUCUGUACCUUCAUGUUUCUGUGUGCUAUUUAGAUAUGUGAAUCAGACCUCACAUUUUCACAAUAUA